CUGAGAUACAUCAUUCUCCUAAAUUUUAACACACCAAAAUAAAGUGCGGAGGUAGCAUCAGUCUUCGCGGAACAGUAGAUUAGAUCGCAUCGCGGAGCGUUUAUCACUACCAUGGCCCAUCAGGAACAAUACUUCCAACACAAAGAUGGCGAAUACACCCCCGCUUCCGUGGAUUUUACCAAAAUAAAAAAUGCUCGAAAAUCGAAACAGUUUUUUGUGCAAGUGAUAAAAGUGGUGGUGAUGUUCAUUCCCACGUUGGUCACGGAGUGGUAUAAGUAUCUUUUCGGGAAGAAGAAAUCCGUAAAGGGUCAGGUUGCUCUGGUUACCGGUGGAGGCAACGGACUCGGGAGGGCUUUGUGUUUCCGAUUGGCCAAGGAAGGAUGCCUGGUUGCGGUGGCAGAUAUUGAUAUGAUUAGCGCCGAACGCACGGCUGCCGAAAUUCGCAACCUGGGAAACAAAUCGGCAGCAUUCAAGGUCGACGUUGGAGAUCAACGUUCCAUUGAGCAGCUGAAGAUUGAUGUUGAGGCGCAGCUCGGUCCGGUGGAUAUUUUGGUGAAUAAUGCUGGGCUGUUGGCGAUGCUGUCACUCUCGGAAGGAAACACCGAAGAUGUGCAGCGGAUCGUGGACGUGAACUUUACUUCGCAUAUUUGGGCAAUUCGCGCCUUCAAGGACGGAAUGAUGGAACGCCGCCGAGGGCACAUCGUAGCAGUAUCGUCUACCUUUGGUAUCGUCCCAUUUGGGCGCACCGUUUGCUACAGCGCCACCAAGUUCGGAGUACGUGGCCUGAUGGAAGGUCUCAACGAAGAGUUCUACAUGAACGGCUACAGCAACGACAUCUUCGUAACUUGCGUCUAUCCGGGCUUCGUUGCCACCAGGAAAGAGUUCAUGGAGUACCUCGAACAGCUGGGCUGUCGUGUACCUAUCAACACGCCGGAUGAGGUGGCGGAUACAGCAAUCGAUGCCGUUUUGCGAAAUCGUUGCGAGGUCAUUACAUCAUCCCUUAUCAUGCGAAUCAUGCUCAAGUUCUACGCAUUUAUGCCGAACGAAGUAUCCCGGUUGCUACUUGGAAUGUUCAUUGAUAAAGUGCCACAGUUGACGGUUCGAAAGGAGGAUUAACGCUCAAUCACCAAGAGAUGCUUUGUUUAACAUUUCCAGUUAGAUUUCAGCAUUUGUUAACGCUUGUAAAUAAACCGAAUCAUUGAUGUGCAAUACCAGUU